AGGCGUGGCUCAGUGUGGUCAUCCAUUCGUCGGCAUUCUUGAGUUAUUCGCAGUUUGCCGCAUUUCGACAACGAUGGUUACCAAAAAUGCACGCAACUGUUCACUGACAAAAACUUCAUGGAAAUUGGUCUGUUAAGGAAGUUAUGAAGCGAUGCAACAUGGAGGAGAACAGGACAGGACGACAAAAGAUAUCCUUCAUUCAGAUCGCUCUUUUGUGUGUGUCAUUCAUAUUGGUCAGCAGUAUUUCACUAGUACAAGAAAAAAGGAUAUUCCUCCAAAACUAUAAAAUUAAGAAAGACAUAAGAUAUGGACUACUAUCAAAAAUCUUAACAAACAACGCGAUAUUGAAGAGGGCUCGUCGAUCGCAUAAAGUAAGCAAUGCUGUUACGCCUUCAAACUCAAGACUCGUGCGACUGCAAUCAAAAGCGUCAUUAUCAUCACUUGGAGUUUUCAAAAAUGGCAGUGUUUAUGGUGGUUUUUCCAUAAAUGACAAACAUGCUUUACUUAAAUUGGAGGUUUAUGGAACGUCUAUUGUUCGAAUUCUGGCACUCAAAGCCAAGAAGUACAUCGGUAUGAACAAAAGAGGUCGGUUAUGUGCAACGUUGAAAAACGACACAAGAAAUUUGUGGAGAGAGGUUCACGAGCAAAAUGACUUCUUCACGUACCAGUCUCUCUAUCACUUCACGAACAACACUCAUCGAGGACAUUUUUUUCUCGCCAUUUCUCGCAGCGGAUCCCCAAGAAAUGGAAACUCAACAAAGCCGGGAAUGAACUCUGCACAAUUUUUAAGAAUAGACUUGGACUCCUUGGGUCAAAACAAAACAAAAUAGUGUACGUGACGUUGAAAGUUACUUUCUAGAAAGCAACCAUCACAGCAUGAACACCAAAGUGAGAGACGUCGACAAUUACCUAGAAUAGAUAAUGCUAGAAGCAACACGUUUGUCGACCAAUACGACCUUUAUUCCUCGAAGGAACAAUCUAAAACUCCAACAAUUCAUUUCAAGUGCACCAUGAAUGGGGUCAACUUGACACCGAAACAUCGGAUACUGUUUACUUGCGGAAAAAAAUUGUCUUUAUUCGCACUAGUUUGAAGUAAUUUUGAGGUUUUUAUAUCACAUCAAAUAUGUUAUUUUUUAACGUCUUAAAACCACUAUGACAUCUUUAUUCAUCAGUUGUUGGUACGUCAUAAGUAGAAGUAUUUAUUUUGAUGUCAUUUGUAUUGAUUAUAUUUAUAGAGUUUAGAUAUGACCAGGAUGCACAAUGCAUCCCAGAACACGACAGAACAGUAGACUUAAAGUGAAGCAAUAAACAAGAAACUGUUAMCAGUGAAGCUGUUUCAA